AUGCCGCCAAAAAAACAGCAACAAUCAGAAAAGUCAAAACAAAAAGAGAAGCAAAAGAUCGUUGAAGAUAAAACCUUUGGCCUAAAGAAUAAGAAAAAGUCUGCAAAGGUUCAGCAACAAAUUAAACAAAUUCAAAAUCAAGUGAUGACCGCGGGAAAUAGAAAGGUUCAAAAAGAAAAAGAAGCUGAAAAACAAGCACUCGCUGAUAAAAAAGCAGCCGAACAAAAAAAGAAGGAGGAGCUUGCUGAGCUAUUCAAACCGGUUCAGACACAGAAGGUACCGUUUGGUGUGGAUCCCAAAACUAUUCUUUGUCAAUUUUUCAAGGCUGGACAAUGUCAGAAGGGAGACAAAUGUAAGUUCUCUCAUGAUCUGAAUAUAGAGAGAAAAGUUCAAAAAAUCGAUCUAUAUACUGAUGCAAGAAACGAAGAAGAAAAGAAAGAUGAUACAAUGGAUAAAUGGGACCAAGAGAAACUUGAGCAAGUUGUAACAUCGAAACAUGGAAAUCCCAAAACAACUACAGACAUAGUAUGUAAAUACUUUUUGGAGGCCAUUGAAAAUCAAAAAUAUGGUUGGUUCUGGGAAUGUCCUAAUGGAGGAAAGAAUUGCAAAUAUAGACAUGCUCUUCCGCCUGGAUUUGUACUAAAGAGUAAAGCGCAAAAGAAAAGUGAAGAAGAAGAAGCCAAUCAAAUUACUCUCGAAGAGUUUUUGGAAACAGAGCGCCAUGCAUUGGGUUCAAAUCUCACACCUGUCACGCUUGAAAGUUUCGCUGAAUGGAAGAAAAAUCGGAAAGCUAAGAUUGAAGCUGAGGAAGAGCUUAAACGUGCCGCAAAAGAAGCUGCAUUCAAAGCUGGUAAAGCACAAGGAAUGUCGGGUCGUGAUCUAUUCACUUUUAAUCCUGAUCUUGUCAAUCAAAUUAAUGAUGAUGAUGAUGAUGGUGAUGAGUUCGAUUUGUCUGGAUACCAGCGCGAUGAUAAUAAUAGAGAGGAUGAGCAAGAUGUUGAAAACCUAGUACAUGAGCAGGAUGAUGAUGAUGAUGGUGAUAAUAUUGCCUGCGGUGAAGGCAAAAGUAGUGUUGAAAAUGAUAUUUCGCACAAAACGAACAAUUCUUCUUCAUUAGUCACUGUGGAUGAUGUUGAAGUUAAAGAGGACCUGUUUGCAGAGGAGAAUUUAGAUGAUUUAGACGACGAUGAUGAAUAA